CAACAAGUGAAAAUGAAAAUCUUCAUCGUCUUCUUCGCGUUGAUCGCCGUUGUUUUGGCCGGUGGGUAUGGUGCCCAGGACGGUGGACAUGGCCAGCAAGGAUAUGGUAACCAGCAAGGACGUGGUCAGCAAGGACAUGGUCAGCAAGGACAUGGUCAGCAAGGACAUGGUCAGCAAGGAUUCAACCAGGGCGGACAUGUCGGACAGGGUCAUCAAGGACAUGGUCAGCAAGGAUACAACCAGGGCGGACAUGGCAGUCAUGGUCAACAUGGCGGAAAAACUGGACGCUAUUAGACGCUAUUAUACUAAUGAAUAUGAGACGCCUUAACACUUAAUAUAAUAAUAUAUUCUUUCUGAAAUCUGAAUCUAAUAUUUGAAAAGUAAACUUUGUUCAUAUCCAGCAACAAA